AUGGCCAGAAAAUUCACCCAAAUAGUCUCUGUGCUCAUGUUCUUCAUUGAAGUAUUGAACUUUCCAGCAUUUACAACUUCAGACACUACACUUCCUGAUCAAACACUAUAUGCAUCGCCACCGCCACCUUAUGGGUGCCCAUAUUGUAUGCCCCCACCCUCCGCCCCAACAAAUUGCCCGCCACCUCCUUCGCCACCACUGCCAACGGUUUCUCCCCCACCACCGCCUGGUUCAGUGUACUAUCCUCCUCCGCCCGGGUACUAUUCGCCACCAUAUUUUCCAUAUAAUCCUACACCAGGAUAUGUCUACCCUGCUCCUCCCCCUCCUGACCCAAUUUUACCUUAUUUUCCAUUUUAUUACUUGCAACCUCCUCCACCGCCAGGAUUUUCAUCAGCAGAUGGGCCGGCACAUGAAAUUUCAAUAAUUGCUUCCGGGCUAAGCCUUGGCCUUUGGCUCGGCCCGAAACAAUCUCAGACCCUGUCCAUUGGCCAACUUGGUGUACCAGCUAGGCCUAUUGGUCAUCCGGCCAAUGGCCCGUUGUUGCUUUUCCUUCAAGAGGUUUCCAAAAAUGAAAAUCAGUUAAUUGAAGUUUCCGCUAAAGUAUGUUCUGCCCUAAGAUCUUGCAGAAUCUGA